AUGAAGUUCACCCUCUCCACCGUCCUCGCUCUCGCGGCUUUCACCAAAGCCGCCGAAGUCACCCUCUUCACGGGCCUCGACUGCGACCCGGCCAACAAAAUCGGCGACACGCUCACCGUUGCCGACGAAUCCGGCAACAACGCGGACGCCAACUUCAAAGACGACAACCAAAAGCCCACCAGCAUGCUCGUCAUCGGCUGGGCGACCGUCCUCCUCAAGAAGAACACAAACGAUAUCUUCGACCAGCCUACCUGCGCGUACUGCGCGAACUACUACACGAAAAACGUCGGUACUGUGGAUGACGGGUGCCACCCUGACGAUGGCCAGAAGUGCGUGAACAUCGACACGGGCUUUGGCAUUGGACAUGUCAAGUUGAUUGCGGAGGGAUCCCCGAGUCCGGCGGAUAUCCCGUGCAGGAACCAUUUGAACCAGUGUGGCUUUCCUGUGCCGCCUGGCAAUGGCUUCUGCGAUCAGUCCCAUUAA